AUGACUCUACUAUCCUAUGUACCGAAAAAGUCGAAGGCUGUCAUUUUGGUGUCUUCAAUGCAUCAUGGCCCCGGCACAGACGAGACCAUCAACAAACCAGAGAUUAUUGCAGAGUACAACAGAACAAAGGGAGGUGUUGACACGGUUGAUCAGAUGUGCUCUAAUUACUCAACACAAAGGCGGUCACGAAGGUGGCCAAUGGCCAUUUUUUUUGCACUGUUGAAUAUAUCAGCUGGGGUCAAUGCAUUCGUCCUCUACAAAGCCUACAAAAAUACUCCUGACAUGAACAGAUUGGAGUUCAUGAAGGUUCUGGCCAAAUCACUUGUUUCUCCAUUACUACAAAAGAGACUGGAUAGAGGACAUCAUGUAACAGAAGAGAUGAAGCUCGCCAUCAAACGUAUACUUCAAAUCCAGAAUCCACUACCGGUACCAGGACAACAAGAAGAGUUUUUCAAAGAUAAAUUAACAUGCCACACCUGCCCACCUCGCCUGAAAAGGAAAACAAGAUAUCCAUGCUGCAUUUGCAACAAGCCAAUAUGCUUGCAAUGUGCAAAGAAACUUUGUGUGAAGUGUAAAGCAGAUAGGGACUAG